AUGCUACGACUUCCUAAAAUAAUCCCACUUCCGCUUUGGAAAAUACUUUUAUUCACAAGGCUUUUCAAUAACUUAUUAGUAGUUUCUCCCUGAUUUAAAAUGACUAAAUUCCUGAUUCCUGUCGGUUUAAUUUUUUUACCAACAAAUAAAUCAACUAGAUUUUCAUCACUGAUCUCUGAAAAAUGGAAAUCAUUGAAUUUUUUAACUGAGAAUACACCGUUAUAG